AUGCUGAACUGUCAUGAACUCCGGAUGCUAAUCAUAUUUCAAGUAGCCAUGGUUUUCAUGGUUCAAAAUGUCUUUCAAAUUUACUCCACAUUUGGCCAGCAAUUGAAUCCCGAUGACCCCUACAUUAAAGAAGCACUUUCUUAUUCGAGUAAUGAUCUCUACCGUUUUUCUCAAAACUCCAGUUUCUACUCCACACAUGCUCAAUGGCUAAGUGAUAAAAAGGAUACCAGUGUUCUUUGGUGGGAAAACGUAAUUGCCAUUCAGCAAGUUGGUAUAUUCGUUGGGUCCAUCUUGUUUGGGUAUAUAUCUGAUCAUUGUGGCCGAAAAACUGUUUGUCAGUACAGCCUUCUCGUGUCUUCGGCUGUUUUACUGUUUGAAGGAUUGCAAUCUUCUACAAUUAUAAUUGCAAUUUGCCGGUUUAUCAUUGGAACUCAAACUGGAGCAAUUAUUGUUGUCUCUUGGAGUCUUACUACUGAAUUGAUAUCGCCGAGAACUAGAUUUCUAGCUAGAGCUUUUGCCAACUGGCCAACCGGAAAGUUCAUUCUUGCUCUAAUAUGUUUCUUCUCUCGUAACUGGAGGAUCUCACUCCAUGUUUGCGCUGGAUUCACAUUAUUUGGAGCCAUUCUUUACUUACUAUUUGUCCCAGAAAGUCCUACUUAUCUUCAGUGCCACGCACAACGAGAAAGAGCUCAAACCAUUGUGUCCGACAUAUUUGAAAAGUCUAACGGCCAAUGUAUAAUCACCCUGCCAACUGGAAUAAGAUCCAAACCAUUGACAUUCUGCCAGAUUUGGAGGAAGGAGAAGUACAGAAAUGUGAUAAUUCUUUUUGGUGCUAUCUGGAUCAUGACUAACUUUACCGCCACAAUGCUCGACUUUUCAGAAGUUAUCAUUUUCAAAAAUAACUUGAUUUACAGUCAGAUGUUACUUGCUGGAGUUCCAGCGUUGUGUAAAAUUCUCCUGGGACUCAUCGAAAUUUAUCUUGGGAUCAUCAGUCGUAGAAAUCUUCAUCUCAUUUCCCUUUUCAUUAAUGGUGUCUCCAUGUGCGCUUCUGGAAUUUUUAUUGUACUUGGUCUUCACAAAUCUCAUCCAACUCUCUAUGUGAUUGUGUUUCUGAUUGGCUACUCAUCUAUAGAAUUUAUAUGGGACGCUUGUUAUCUAUGCGUCGUAGAACAAGUUCCAACGGAAGUGAGAGGAACUAUCAGUGGAGCAUGCUCAUUUUUCUCUCGACUUUCUGGAAUCAUUGCUUCGAAAAUGACAAUUGUCAAACGACAAUGGGAACCCGCGCCACUUUUCAUCGCUUUUGGUGCGGCGAUCAUCCAUUUUCUAAUUGCAUUUUUCUUUCUGAACGAGAGCAAAGAUGCGAACCUUGGAGAGAUUGGUUUUACCCUCCGAAGAAUCAGCCAAAAAAUGUCGCAAAAAAUCAAUCAAAUCCGAAAUAUGACGAAAAAGGAGAAGAGACCAUCUGAAGUAACAAUUCCUGGAGUGGUUAUUAUUGAGAGGUCCGAUCCAAGCAAUCCAGUUUUGAAGCCUGUUCACCUAGAUAAUCAGCAAUCAGAUUAA